AUGGUCAAGCAACUCCUGGAGGCUCGUUGCUCAAACAUUUUUGCUGCAUAUCGUGACCCAGAUGGGCCAAACUCUGAGAAUGGGUUGAAUCUGCUUGUGAAUAAUGCUGCAGUGUUGCCACAAAAAACCAUGAUGACCGCCACUGUCGAGGACAUGCAAAACACCUUCAACACCAACGUGAUAGGACCUUUAUUUGUCAUUAGGGAGUACCUGCCAUAUUUGCGUAGAGCAGCUAAAGCCAAGGGCAGACCAGGGAUGUCAUGUGAUAAAGCAGCUGUGAUCAACAUAUCCACAGAUUCAGCAUCUAUGAGCAUCAUGCCAGUAAUGAAAGAGCCAUUCCCACUUUUCCCAUACAGCAUCAGCAAGACUGGUCUUAACAUGUUGACCAUAUAUACCGCAAGGGACUUGCAGGCAGAUGAGAUCCUCUGCAUUUCCAUUCACCCAGGAUGGGCGCCUAUUGAUGCCAGAGAAAGUGUGGAGGGGAUGCUGUGCGUCAUUGGCAGCCUUACUGAGAAGCAGCACGGAGGAUUCUUAGACUAUACUGGAAAAACAAUGCCCUGGUAA